GUACGGAAGCUCGUGUGGAUCAUAAGGGGUGAAAAACGCGACAGGGGAGGAGCGGCAGCGAAGGGCCGAUGUCUGACGUGGAAAGUGCCAGGGACGGAGUAACAACCCAACUUUAGGGCGAACUCUGUCGCUUCUCCGGCUGUAACUGCAGCGGGCCUCCCCCGGACAAGAGCAUGAGUCUGGACAAAGCAGAGCCGUGUGACUCACUCUUAACCUGGUUACAGACUUUUCAGGUCCCAUCAUGCAGCAGCAAACGUGAGCUAACGAGUGGAGUGGCCAUCGCACACGUCCUGAACAGACUAGACCCCGCUUGGUUUAAUGAGACAUGGCUUGGCAGGAUCAAGGAGGAGAGCGAGGACAACUGGCGCCUGAAGGUCAGCAACCUGAAAAAGAUCCUGAAAAUCACGCUGGAGUACUACCACGAUGUGCUCGGACACCAGGUGUCGGACGAGCAUCUACCUGAUGUCAGCCUCAUCGGGGAGAUGGGAGACGCCACUGAGCUCGGCAAGCUGAUGCAGCUGGUGCUGGGCUGUGCCAUCAGCUGUGAAAAGAAGGAAGAGCAAAUCCAGCAGAUUAUGACUCUUGAGGAAUCGGUCCAGCAUGUUGUGAUGACAGCCAUUCAGGAGAUUUUAGCCAAAGAGCCCUUGUCUGAAGCAGGAAGCCUGGAGACAUAUGGAGACUUUCAUUUUCAGUCCAGGAAGUACUACUUUCUGAGUGAGGAAGCGGACGAGAGCGAGGACCCGAGCUGGCGCUGUAGAGAUCUGGAACAUCAGCUGUCUCAGACUCUGGAGGAGAAGUCAUCCCUGCAGGCGGAGAUCCGCUCCCUGAAAGAGAGGCUGAGCGACCCUCUGGACCCCCCCACCAUCACUGGGAAGAAGCUGCUGCUGCUGCAGAGUCAGCUGGAGCAGCUGCAGGAGGAGAACGACAGACUGGAGAGCAGCAGAGAUGACCUCCGUGCACAGGCGGAGCUUCUGGAGCGCGAGGUGCGCGACCUGCAGCAUCGCAUGGAAGAGCUGACGAGUCUGGCGCACGAAGCUCAAGCGCUGAAAGACGAGAUGGACAUUCUCAGGCACUCCUCUGACCGAGUCAACCAGCUGGAAGCUCUGGUGGAGACGUACAAGAGGAAGUUGGAAGAUCUGGGAGAUCUGCGCAGACAGGUGCGCCUCCUGGAGGAGCGCAACACGGUCUACAUGCAGCGCACCUGUGAGCUGGAGGAGGAGCUCCGGAGAGCCAACGCCAUCCGCAGUCAGCUGGACUCCUACAAGAGACAGGCCCACGAGCUUCACAGCAAACACUCUGCAGAGGCCAUGAAGGCGGAGAAGUGGCAGUUUGAGUACAAGAACCUUCACGACAAGUACGAAGCUCUGCUGAAGGACAAAGAACGUCUGAUCUCGGAGAGAGACGCGCUUCGGGAGGCAAACGAUGAGCUGAGGUGUGCACAGGUCCAGCAAGGCUUCCUGGGUGCAACAGAUCUGUGUGACAGCGGCGUCGCCGUGGGAAACCUGGCUGCUGAGAUCAUGCCCACUGAGCUCAAGGAGACGGUGGUGCGUCUCCAGGGUGAAAACAAGAUGUUGUGUGCUCAGGAGGAGACCUGCAGACAGAAACUGGUCGAGGUUGAGUCUGAGCUGGAAGAGACUCGGCGCAGCGCCAUCACUCUUGAAACUCAGAACAGGUUGAACCAGCAGCAGAUCUCAGAUCUGCGUUCUCAGGUGGAGGAGCUCCAGAAAGCCCUUCAGCAGCAGGGUAGCAAGAACGAGGACUCCUCCCUGUUGAAGAAGAAGCUGGAGGAGCAUCUGGAGAAGCUCCAUGAAGCCCACUCAGACCUCCAGAAGAAGAGGGAGGUCAUCGAUGACCUCGAGCCCAGCAGCAUGGCCAAGAAGAUAGACGAACUCCAGGAGGUCCUUCGCAAGAAGGACGAGGACAUGAAGCAGAUGGAGGAGAGAUACAAGCGCUACAUGGAGAAAGCCAGAACGGUGAUCCAAACCCUGGAUCCCAAACAGCCGGCGGGGACUCCCGACAUCCAAGCUCUGAAGAAUCAGCUGACGGAGAAGGAGAGAAGGAUCCAGCACCUGGAGUGUGACUUUGAGAAGAGCCGAAGCAGACACGACCAGGAGGAGAAACUCAUCAUCACAGCCUGGUACAACAUGGGAAUGGCUUUACAUCAGAAAGUGUCCGCGGAGCGGCGGGCUCCCUCCAACCAGCCCAUGUCCUUCCUGGCCCAGCAGAGACAGUCCACCAUGGCCAGGAGGGGUCUGACCCGACCCCACCCAAGAUGAGACGUCCCUGCACCCAACACGGCACCUCUCUAUCCUCCUCGUAGCAAUACGCCCUCUGUGCUGCUGCGCCCCCUGCUGGCUCCUCCUCAGAGCCUCAGUGGGGCUACUGAGUCCAGACGAAGCAGGAGCCGAUGAAACGGAGGCUUUGUCACCUUUUCACGUGACUUUUAUCACUGAUUUAGCCUCUUGGAAUGAAACUGAAGUAUUUUUACUGAGCUUUUAUUACUUUGUUUAAAUGUUGUUUAAAGUGGAGCUGCUGGGGGCGGACUUGCUGUCCCAGUGGUGGCCGUGAAGGGUCGUUACGUAGAGGGAUGGCGGCACCUCGUGUGUGCUUUAGUGGGUGAAACCCGAAGUCUGUACCGGGUGUUUCUCUUCUGUCGCUCCAGUCUUUUACCUCAAACACUAGACCGAUGUGAAAAUCCUCCGACUGUUAGCGUAACGCACCAAAGCACUUUUCCUGUAGGACGGGACCCACCGGUGCCUUGCAGAAGAUGCGGGACGAUCCCGAUCUGGACGAGAUGACACUACAGACCCACGCUCGCUUCGGUCUCGUCUUUGUGUGAUUCAUGCGUCGUUUUUUUUUGGGGGGGGGGGGUUCUUGCUCGUCCGUCCUCCCUAAGGGGAGAACCAGGGUGUGGUUGUGAGGAGCACCCGAAGCACUUUCAGAGAUGGUGUCUACUCGUAGCGUGGAGAUGAACGUACGAGCCGUGCUGGAGCUCUUCUCUCGUGUGUUUGUCUCCAAACCCAAACGUUCUGACCACGUUUGUGUUUUUGUUUGUCGGAGCUGCUGUUGAACCUUCACUCUGAAUGUUUUCUGCUGUAAUCGAUCGGGCCGUAAUCGUGCUCAUGGGGAGUUGUAUUUAUGGCACACGGUCGGUGUGGUACUGUAGGGGGGGGCUGCUAGAUGAGCUGCUGCCACACGGGGCUCUGAUGCAGGACCUGUGGUGUUUUAAUUUUGCACAACUAAUAAACUGGAUCUUAAACGAA